GGAACUAUUUGUUUGCUCGGUGCUAUAAAUGGAGCGAAACGGAUUUCGAUGAAGAAAGAAGUCGAAGUGAUCGUAACGCGAGUUGACAAUGACAAUGGCAAAGCAAGAGACCCGGUUGACUAACCUACUGAUGGUACUGGCCUGCAUCAGCAUCACCUGGAUGGGAAUGGAAUUGGGACUAGUCCAGGCCGACGAUCAGUCCGAGGAGACGAGCAUGACGUUGAGUGAGGUCACUGAGAUGUUGCAACCAUUUGCCCAGUCUUGUGAACCCGUUCCCACCAAGGAUCAAAUGGAGGAGGUGGUGAUGAACAAGGAGCAGCCAUCGCAUGAAAGCAAGUGCUUCCGGAGGUGCCUGCUGCAGCAGUUCGAUGUGAUGGGCGAGGGGAGUACGAAGUAUAAUGCCACCAAGACGGUGGAUAUGAUGAACAUGAUGUAUCCCGAUAAGAAUGAACAAUCCCAGAAAAUAGUCGACACUUGCAAUCAGGCAAAUGGCAUUACCGAUGAGUGCGAAGUUGCGCAUACCGUUGCCAUGUGCAUGUUGCGAGAGAUGCGCCAAGCCGACUACAAAAUACCCGACAUCAAGGAAUAGUCCUAAUGCCACGCCCAUCUCCACCACCACGCCCUCAACCACACCCACUCCAGACGUUGCUUUCAGGCGCAUAUGAUUCACAGUUAAUGAAUUUUUUUUUUAUAAUUAUUUCAUGGAUUGAUACCUUAAAAAUACCCUAUAGUUAUUGUAGUGCCCUUAAAUUCUAGAUCCUGGUUCCCCUAUAUAUGUACAUACAUUAUUGACGUGACUUGUGAUUAUUUUGGUUCCUAAUCAUGCACAGGCUUUGAAUAAAGAAAUAAUCCAAGAAAUCA